AUGAUAGUGGGCAAGGAUGCUCCUAUCAUGCACACGGAGGUCGCGACUCUGCUGUCAAAGUGCGAGAUAGAGCCGGUCCCUCCAGCCAACAUGAAGUCCGGCUUCUACAGCCCCUACUUCAUAGUACCCAAGAAAACAGCGAUCGACCUGAAGGACGCAUACUUUCAUGUCUCCAUUCUUCCUCGACACAGACCGUUUCUUCGGUUUGCUUUCGAGGGGCAGGCAUAUCAGUACAAAGUUCUCCCAUUUGGGUUGGCCCUGUCUCCCCGCGUCUUUACGAAGGUCGCGGAGCGAGGCCUGGCUCCUCUCAGGGAACAAGGUGUCCGUAUCCUCAGCUACCUCGAUGACUGGCUGAUUCUAGCUUACUCUCGAGUGCAGUUGUGCGAGCACAGGGAUCUGGUGGCAAAAUGCAAACAGUGUGGACAGAUUUUCAAACAAAAAGAAAGCCUUGAAGUCCACAUGAAAAUUCACAUUGAAAAGAAUCAGUUAAUAUGCCCUCAGUGUGGAAAGAGUUUUACACGAAAAAGCAACCUUAAUGCCCACAUGAGAGUUCACACUGGAGAGAAACCUUACACCUGUGAGUUGUGUGGGAAGAGUUUUAUACAAAAUGGAAGUCUUAAAACUCACAUGAAAACUCACAGUGAAGAGAAACCAUUCAUAUGUCUUCAGUGUGGAAAGAGUUUUAAACAGAAAACACUCCUUAAUGUCCACAUGAUUAUUCACACUGGAGAGAAGCCUUUUACCUGCACACUGUGUGGAAAGAGUUACAGACGUAAAGCACACCUUAAGACUCACAUGAGAAUUCACACUGGAGAGAAUUUAUUCACAUGUGAUCAAUGUGGAAAGAAUGUCAGAUGUAAAGAAAGCAUUAAUAAUCACAUGAGGAUUCAUUCAAGAGAGACGAGUUUUACAUGUCAUCAGUGCAAAAGGAGUUUCUCAGACACAAAUCACCUUAAGAAUCAUGUUAAAAUUCAUAUAGGAGAAAAGCCUUUCAUGUGCCAUCACUGUGGAAAGAGUUUAAAACACAAUGCAAACCUUGAGAAUCACUUGAGAGUUCACACUGGAGAGAAACCUUUCACCUGCCCUCAGUGUGGAAAGAGUUUCAGGGUUAAAGGAAACCUAAAGAUUCACAUGAGAGUCCACACUGGAGAGAGACCUUACAAGUGUCUUCAGUGUGAGAAGAGUUUCACAUAUCAAAAUGUCCUGAAACAUCAUUUGCAAACUCAUUCUAGGAAAAAAUUGCUGUUUUCCUCAGAGUGACAAGAGGUUUAGAAAAGAGUGAUUUCUUGGAUUACCCUCUUCUCAUUUCUUCAGAUAUCUUCAGAUUUGUUGAAUGUUUUAAUGACUCCAGGGUUCCUCCUACACAACUUUUGAAGAUGUCCUGGGAGAAAGACCUAGAUAUAGAUAUUUCAGAAGACACUUGGACUGAGGCUCUUCAAGGCAUUAGAUUGUGUUCCAGCAGCUCUAACUUUCAGCUCAUUCAAUAUAAAGUUGUGCACAGAUAGAAUUAUUCUCGUACCAGGGUUCAUUCUAUAUACCCCUCUGUGUCACCUUUAUGUAUUAAAUGUAAGUCCAACGAGGGAACCUUGGGUCAUUUAUUUUGGUUCUGUCCAAAAAUGUGUAAGUUCUGGUGUGAAGUGUUUUGUUUUUAUUCAAGGGAAUUUAAGACUGAUUUUCCCCAUGACCUCCUUGUUUCUGUAUUAGGCUGGGCUCCAUAUUUGGAGACCUAUAGUCCAAAUCAAACUCAGGCAGUUCAGUAUGGGAUCACAAUAGCAAAGAAGACUAUUUUGAAGA